AUGGAGUCGCUUCCUCGCGAGUUGAUCGAUGCCAUCCUCCAGCAAUGCGUCGCCUUGGGGCCGCGGAAUAACGUUUUGGACCUUCGACUCGUUUGCAGGGCCUUCGAUCGCUUUCUCAAACCCUACGCGUGCCGGACCGUAGCUCUUGAGUUCAGCCGUCUAAGCAAGAACAGCCGCCGCCGGCAACCUGAUGUCGACUCCCUCCAGACGAUUGGGUACCAUUGCAAGUCCAUGUACAUUGACUUGAUGGUUCUUCGUGAUGAACUGGAAGUCGAGUUUCUGUCCACCAUAUUCGACCGAAUACCUUCCAUGAAGCACUUCGUCCAAACUUUACAGCGCGAAUACUGUAUGUCUCCGGCCUCCUUCACGACGCUGGAAUAUCGACAUAUGCUCGAAACGAUACUAUUCAACUGCCAAUUCGUCUCUUCUCUUCGCCUCAACCUGCCUUUCCAGCUCGUGGGCCACCGCUGUAAUGCCGCAACAAUGAUCCUCGCGAAUACCUUUUCCGCCUUCUCCCGCCGCCCGGAAGAUUCCCUAUCUCUCAAGACACUCGUUCUCGAAAACGUCUCGGACCAGGCCAUUGUGGAUCUUUGGACCAACCCCUCUGACGUCCUCGCCAUCAUGCGCGCCAUCCGUCAACUCGAACACAUGGUGCUCUCCUUUCGCCGCCACGAAGUCGAUCCACCCCGCGUGUCCUUCUACGGCACGUGUCUGUGGGAUCUCAUACACAAUGCGGAUGUCCUGAAAACACUGUGUCUGUCUGGUACAGACGACGACCGUCCACCGCGAGGCCUGAAGCAAACAAAGGCGUGGAACAUGACACUGGAUGAGUGGCGGGCCCGCGCGCUUCCUCCUCCACCAGUUACGCUGACCUUCCUCACGGCUCUUGAGCUGAAGCGCGUUGAGAUCACACCGUUUUUUCUGCGCUGUGCUGCUCGUAAUUUUGGCGUGACCUUGCGCGAGCUGUACCUAAACGAGGUCUAUCUCAAGGCCGAGCAAGGGCAAAACCUCAAUGAAGACUCGAAGCAGAUUCUUUGGAUCGGCCUACCGAAUCAGCGUCCUGGCCUUCAUGACGACUGGAUGGCUAUGAUUGUCCGCGAAUCGUGUCCGAAACUCGAGAUAUGCCGAGCCUCCUUCCUGGGCUAUGACCUCUACACUCGCGACGACUUGCCGCCUUCGCCCGCCCCAUCGUCUCCAGACUUCGAUUUCAUUGAUCCCUGCGGACUGGGCCGCUCGAUCGCGCAACGCUUUGUCGAGGUCACCCUUGGCUAUCACCAACCUCCACAGUCGGACGGCAGCCCCGUAUGUUAUCUCCCAGUCCUGGAAUCCAACGAUUACCUCCUCACCCAGAUGCGGCCGCGCACCCGUGCGUUGCGGGUCACCGAGUACGAUGUAAAUGCAUAUCAAACAGCCGUACGGAACGGCACCAGCAGUUGGCAGCGCAGCAUUGAUGGCGUAUUUCCGAAUUGUAAUAGUGGCACGCUCGAGGAACUUCACUACAUCGCCGAGACCGCGUGUCAGGGUAUGAAUGAGAUCCAGCGGCAGCGUAACGAGCAUAUGGGCCAAGAGGACGGGGGCGAUGGUGGUGGUGAGGCCGGUAAUGGUGCCAACGGGGGCGGCGGGAACCUGGCAGAAAACCUUCUCAAUUUGAACUUUGCAGAGGAGUGA